CGUAGCUUCAAAACAUAAUCUUCUUCCUUCUUUUUUUUCAAAAUAAUCCACGCGCACGACUUAUCAAAUCCCCUUCGAAAAUUCAUAAACCAGUCCCCGCCAUUGUUCCAACUCCAUCAAAUCUCCACGCCGUCCACUUUACGCGCCAAAAUAUUCUUCCCUCCUUUCUUCACAUUGGGCCGUGCGGUACACUUUCCACAGUGACGCGUAAACAUUGACAUCUAAGGCCAUUUCUUUGCACGGGCCUUUGGAUGCCGUCCUUACGCGUCAUAUAAUACGCUGCGGGCCACGAUCUUCGCAUCUGCCGUACACCUGUAACGUGACGACGUCGAGAGGCGGUGGAUCUUAGAGACCCGGUGGUGUUUUUCUCAAGAACAACCGAGCCAGAUCUGGCCGGGAUUUCGGUUUCCGACCUCCAAACCCUAACGUUUGGUGCUGUUAGACGUAUUUUCUUCGUUCGUGUGGCUUCUUCGGUGCAGUUUUAUUGGAUCCUUCGUGAAUCCUAGAAAUCGGUUUGUUUAAUAGAGAUAUAUAUAUAUAUAUAUAUUUGUUUGGUUUAAUUUGGUGAACGGCGUCGGUGUUGGUGUUUAAUUUAUUGGAGAUUUGAGUUUUUUGCGUGUUUUGCUUGAUUUUUUUUUUUUUCGGGUGAAGGGAAACCCUAGGUACGGAUAAUUCGAUACUCUGAGGAUAAAAAGAGGGUUUUAGGGUUUUGGGUAUUUUGAUUAUUUGUAUGGCUUCAGCGCCUAUAGCUGGAGGAGGAGAUGAAGGUAGAAUUAAGCAGAGGUAUUCGGAGUGUAAGGUUUACAGAAGGAAAACGUUCAAAGGUGUGAAGAGCCAGAAUACGGCCAGUGCUACCGCCAGCAUCACUGUGUCUACCACCACCACCGAUAAGGAUCCAAGCAACAGGAAUGGGAAGACCAUCUCCGACACGUUCAGCAACGUUAAAGACUUAAAUAACAAUUCAGACCAGGCGGUGCCGCAUUCAGAAGCGUCAGAAGAUGCGAAUCUAUCUCAGCAGGAGCCUUUACCGAACGCUGCCUCUGACGCUGACGAUUUGACGAGGCUUGAUGGACAGACAUCCGUUGGACCGACUACGGAGGCUACUCAGGACCCGCCUUCUGUUAAUGGGAUCAGUAGUAUGGGUUUCGACGAUCAUAAUCGGGUCAACUGCGCAUCAAAGCCGAAGCAGGAAAUGCAAGAGCUUCGGCGGAAAUUUGAGAGUGAGCUUGAAAUUGUGAGAAAUUUGGUUAAGAGGAUUGAAGCCAUACAGGGCCAGAUAAAUAGCGGGCAUAGCCAUUCUCACGUGUCGACAAUGGAUAUAGCUGAUAACGGUCGUGGAGCAUAUCAUGUGCAUUCGGAAGUCGGUUCUGUUGGUGUUCCUACGGAUGACUCCAGGCCACUACGCCAGUUAAGCACAUCGGUUCUGGAGAAUGGUAAAGGGGUGCAUGAUUUCAUGGAAAGGGAGAAGAGGACCCCGAAAGCAAACCAGUUCUACAGAAAUUCCGAAUUCUUGCUUGCGAAAGAUAAGAUUCCUCCAGCUGAGAGCUAUAAGAAGUCCAAAUUAAAUGGGAAAAAGCAUAGUAGAAGAAAAUUUAAACAUGGUUUUGGCACAGGUUCCAAGAUCUUCAAUGCUUGUGUUUCUUUACUUGAGAAAUUGAUGAAGCACAAGCAUGGUUGGGUAUUUAAUACUCCUGUCGAUGUAGAGGGGCUUUGUUUGCACGAUUAUUAUAUCAUUAUCAGACAUCCGAUGGACCUGGGUACUGUGAAAACGAGGCUAAACAAGAAUUGGUACAAGUCUCCAAAAGAAUUUGCGGAGGACGUGAGACUUACUUUCCAUAAUGCUAUGACUUAUAAUCCAAGAGGACAAGAUGUUCACAUAAUGGCUGAACAGCUGCUGAAAAUCUUUGAGGAUAGGUGGGUUGUAAUAGAAUCAAACUAUUAUCAGGAGCUGAGGUUGGGAAUGGAAUUUGGGGCUACUCGAUCUUCCAAUUCAAUAAAAUCCCAUCCCAUAACAGUUCCUCCUCUUGACAUGAGAAAGAUUCUACGGAGGUCAGAGUCAUUGAUUAACCCUGCCGAUUCCAAGACACAGCCGAUGAGUGUGACUCCGUCAGCAAGGACGCCUUCACUGCAAAAACCCAAGGCAAAAGAUCUCUUCAAAAGAGAUAUGACUUACAAUGAAAAGAAAAAGCUCAGUACGAACCUUCAGAAUUUACCGUCUGAGAAGCUAGAUGCCAUUCUACAGAUCAUCAAAAAGAGAAACUUUGAACUUCUCCAACAAGAAGAUGAAAUAGAAGUAGACAUUGAUACUGUUGACACUGAGACUUUGUGGGAGCUUGAUAGACUUGUUACGAAUUACAGGAAAAGUUUGAGCAAGAAUAAAAGGAAAGCUGAACUUGCCAUUUUGAAGGCUCGGGCAGAAGCCGAGCAUAAUGGUCAGGAGAAGAUCCCAGCCCUUGAUGGUUCGAAGUUACUUAGAGAAACUAGAGCAGAUGAAAAUAUUCUUUCCUCUUCAUCACCCAUCCGUGGGGGACAACAGCGGGAUCAUUCGAGCAAGUCCAGUAGCUCAAGUAGCUCUAGCAGUGAUUCUGGAUCUUCUUCUAGUGAUUCUGAUAGUGACAGCUCUUCGGGAUCAGGAUCUGAUUCAGGAUCACCAACGCAUUGAUUUUCUAUUCUGGUUGUUUUUGAUGGAUGGAAGGUAAAUCGAUUUCUUCUAUUUCAGAAGAAUUCAGAUGGUGGAUUUGAAUCUGCAGUUGGUGUACAGUGAAAACCUAUUUUGGAAUGGGCCAUCAGGUAAUCCUUUUGAUUGCGAACCAAAGGUGGUGAGCUAUUAGAUGCUAGUGGGUGUUUAGAGUUAAUUCUGUCAUUGUAAUAAUUUUGUAACAUAUGGUAGAAUUUUGGUUUGAUAGAUGCUUCUUGUAGUCUCGUCGUACAGAAUAUGCAUAUUGCUUACUUCCAUUACUCAUGCAGUUCACAGCAUGUGACUUUCUAUUGCUUUCUCUGUUGGGUAUCUUUUUUUCCUACCAGUUUCUGUAGUUGCAGUUGCCUAUGUUCGCUUGAGAGUCUUGAACUGUCCAUCUGUGUUAAUUUGUAGCUGGUUCUUUUUUA